CGAGUCGCACGACGUCGAAGUUGCGGAACUGCAAUGAGUCGAUGAGGUCUGGUAUGCUGUCCGAAACAGUUGCAGCAGCGUUUGCAACAGGAAUGGAUAUCAUGAAAGAAAGCAAUAGACAACAAGCCAUGCGGUACCGCUGAGUACGUGUCACUUGUACUGUACUGUACACUCUAUAGAGUGACCUUAGGUAACGCACGUUAAGGGGUAUGCUAUGUGUACCGCCCACUUUAUCUUGUUGAAAUUAACUUGUUUAUGUGUUUCUCAAUUUAAUCUUUUAUGGGAAGGAAGAAGGGAACGAAAGGCCAGAAGAAAGGCUGGGAUAAAAAGCCUCGUCAGAAGCAGCAAGUUCCCAAAACUUCGUCAUCAGGGAGUGAUGAUGAAGAUGUGUCAAAGAAAUUGGAGGAAACGGAUACACAGCGAGAACAAGUUGCCAUUAGUUUGUGGUGCUGAUGAUGUGUGGGUCUACCUGACUUGCAUCCAAGCCUUGAAUUCACUUGACACAACAGAUGCGAUCACACUCGGCUUGGAGACCGUCCCUGCCCACAUGAUAUCGGUAAUGCGAGCCGAACUGUGGAAAUAUGCUUGGGAAAAGUUGUAUACAAUCGGUUAUGAGUGCGGUCUGAUGGAGCCAGGCAGAGAGUCGACGUCGGAGAAAGCUAUUGAGCUGAUGCAUGUGAUCAUGGGCAGUGAAGUCGGAGGAAUUAGGAGAAACAGCUUUUGCUGCAUUCAAUCAUGUUGGCAGGCGACGCUUUGCCGCUCAAGUUGGUUAUCAGCUUGCUGUCUUCUUGAUGAGUCGUGGGGAGUUGAACGAGCGGAACCUUUACUAACCGACUCGUGUCAAAUUCAAGAUGCAGAAAGUUGGCAUCUUCUUACUGCCAACGUUCUUGUUCCAUUAGCAGAUUGUUUGCUGAAAUUGGAUCACACUGACAAGUAUGCAAGUGCUUGUUCGAGUUUGGCGUGUCGUGAUCCGUCGCUGCCUGAUACAAGACAUCAGCAUUAUUAUCUGGAAUUGUUGAGGAUUGCUAGAGAUGGAAAAGAGCAAGUACUGCUACCCUUCGAUGCCAUAUUCAACUACCAGAGCGGAAAACCAGGCAACGAAGACGGCGUCUUUUACACAGACAGCGAAGUCACCAUCAUAAUCGAGUUCGUCAGUCUACUGUUCAAGCCGAUCACAUUUGAUCGAGUUGUACUCAGUUUGCAUUGCAUGCAUACACCAUAUCUACAGUCUUCGAUUCACAGCGGCGUUCGUUCGGGACUCAAAGACGCAUCGGUUAAGGUGAAGCUGAUGCCGUCGGAUCGCGAACUGAAACACACGCAACGACUUGCAAAGUCAAAAGCGAACGAAACAAGCGAAACAAUCGGAGAGACCGACAGCAUCCAGUUGAAUCAAAGUCAAGAGGGAGAGAGUCAGUCACCGUUUGCGAGUGUCAGUAUGAUCUCCAUGGAUCUUGACUUGGAUGGUAAUGCUGAUGUAUUGGAUAGUCAAGGGACAGUGGAGGGUGGCCAGUCUGCACAAGCAGUCGAGACUGACUUGGUUGUUGAGUCGAUGCUGGAGGCGAUGAACGAGAUGGAGGAUGACGCGAUGAGCAAGUCGGUGGAUGUUUGUGCGAUUAGUGGGAAGGUUGAUGAUGACUUGUGGAGUCUUUCUGAUACGGACAGUGUGGAUGCGAAGCUUGUGUGGUUGGAAGCUUGUGGGUGUGAAAUGAAUCCGGGACCAAACACGCUUGCACUUCAUGGACAGGUCAUCUACUCGUCGGUGAAAUACAGAGAGUACGUCUACAGCUCUCAACAGGCAGACAAAGCAUCCCACUAUCCUCCACCCUACAGAUCAAAAUUCCCAAGGAAUUCUCUAUCCAACGUGUUCUCUCUUCGUCCAUCUCACCUUCAUCCUCCGAUGAUGACCACACACCCACAAACACCUCAGUCUCUUUGUCCAAAACCGACAACGUAAUGGUUUGCCUGCAGCUUCCAGCAGUUGGAGCGGAGAGAGACCUCGACAUUGAGCUGCAAGUGACGGCCAAUCGAGAGGCAAGCAGCAGCAGUGGACGAUGCUGU